AUGUGUCAGGAGUUCUCUAUUGAUCAUAAGCUCACGCCGAGAUAUAGUCCCUUCUUGGGUGGAGCUUAUGAACGUACCCAUCAAACCCUCCACCGAGUUCUGAUUAGUAUGCUAUUAGAUGACUCUAUCAGGAUGAAGAUGGAUGGUGUAGCUGCCUUGAAGGAAGACUGGGUUGCGAAGUUGGAUGAUGCUCUCUACGUGAUGAACUCGAGAAGUUUAGAGUCCGAUGAGAACGGCAAUUCGGUGUCUCCCUUUGAGCUAAUGUUCGCUAGGCCGUUGCGCCAAAGCACCAAUGCGGUAUUGGAGAGAUUCAAUAACGAGAAGCCUUUUCGACUACUGCGGGGUGCGCAACCUUUGAAAGAAAAGGUGCACAAACCAACAGUAGAAGAAGCCUCUAGAGCCUCCAAGGAAAACCGAACACUGCUUACGAGCAGGUUCGAGAGAACUUGGGAGGAUAUGAGAGAGAAGUCUCGUCAAGAAUUGAUAAGAGCAGCGUCGAAGCUACCGGUCCAGAAGAUUGUCGUUGGUGAUUGGGUGUGGAUAAGUAAACCCAAGCAACAUAAGUUGGAUAUUCCUUGGCAAGGCCCCUAUAAAGUUGAGCAAGUUCAAGGAGUAUCUGUAGUUGUUAACGCCAAAGGCAAGAAGAUGACAGAUAGUGUAGCUCAUGUUCUUAAAGUGGUAUCACCUAAUGAAGGUGGGUGGCUGAAUGUUAAGGGUAAAUCUCUUAUCUCGGUCAACACUUUGAUGUGGUUUGGUGAUAAUGAAGCUGGCUUGGUAAUCGAUGGCAGAGCCAACGAUCUAUGGAUGAGUAUGAAGUCCUUCUACUAUAUUGGGAUGAAAUAA